GUGGUUCGAAAAUUUGGAAGAAUUGGCAGAUGCAUAUAAGUGGUCAGACACACAAAAAUUAGUGUUUGCAAGAAAUAAGAUAACCAAAGUAGCAAAACUUUUUAUGUAAACACUAACAACAAAAAAUUACAGUACAUUUAAGGCUGAGAUGCUAACGGAAUUUACACAUACUUAUUCAAGUAUAGAAGUUCACAAUCAACUACGAGAAAGAAAGAAGAAAGACAGUGAAAGCGCCCAUGAAUAUAUUUCACACAUGCGAAACAUCGGUGCAACUGGAUCAGUUGAACAAAAAUUCGUGAUUCAAUAUAUUGUUGACGGAAUCAAAGGAAGGCCAGAAAAUAAAAUGACGUUAUACGCUGCAAAAAAUUAUUUGGAGUUAAAAGAGCAAAUAGAAAUUUACCAACGCAUAAGUAAAAUGAAACCGAUGAAUGAAAAGUACGGGAAAAACAAAGAAGUAAAAAAGGAGCAUUGCUACAAUUGCGGCUCAAAAGAACAUAAACGACGUGAAUGCACAGAAAAGCAAAAAUGUUUUAAAUGUAACAAAUCAGGCCAUAUCGCAAAAAAUUGCUUAGAAACCAAUCUAGGAGCUAAAAGUGUUCAUUGUACUUUAGAGAUGGAAAAAUUAAAAUUGUUGCGAAAUUGUUCAAAAACCUUAUUUGGCUUUGGCAAAAAUGAAAUUCCAGUGCUUGGUGAACUUUGCGUAGCUAUCAAAUGUGGCAGAAAAGAAAAGGAAGUGGUAAUCGUUGUCGUGGAUGUCGAAAACUGUAACAAUUUAUUCGGUUUCGAUUUAUUCGAAGAAUUCGGGUUUGAGAUUCAGCAAAUUUGUAACAUUACUGAAAAUUAG